CAUCCAAAAUACUAGAACUGUUAUUCCUGAUGCUAUUAAGAUUGUUGGAAUUAAUCAUAGAGGAGAUAUUUUUUUGUUGCCUUUACUUUCUUUUUCUAAUUCAUAUUCAUCAGGGUUGUUAAGUUUCUCAGCUAUUCGUUCAUUUUCCAUUGUGCCAAUUGGCUGGUUGUUUCGAAUAGGUCUACCUUUAUCAGGAAGUCAAAAUUUUUCUAUUUUGUAUUUGGGUAAAAAAGUAAAACAUAAAUCAUGCUCUUUAUUUGAUAGAGAUUCUCCUUUUUCUUUUCUCACAAUCUCACCUGCUUGGCCUAAAUUACAACCAAUAGUAAAGUUAUGA